GUAUUGGUGUAAUUUCGCGAGAGAGAGAGACUAGUGCGAGUCGCGUGCGCACCAAGGGCCGCCGCCGCAAAGGGCCGGAGGCGGCGAGCGCGGCGGGAGAGCAUCGCAGUCGUCAGUUGAGCGCGCGAAGUGCAGCAGUGGCGAUGGCAGGCGCCGCGAACCCCAAGAACUCACCCCCGCACACGUGGUGCGUCUACGUCCUGCUGUUGGGUCUGCUGGGCCUGCAGCUGGGCCUCUCGCUGGCCCUUUACCGCUACAUUCUGGCCGUCGACCUCCGAGUCGAGCAGAUCGGCUCGCUGCAAAAUCACAAAAGGGCCAAACGAGCCGUCGGCGACGAAAACGUGGUCGACGAGGCCAACGUCGAAUUCUUCCACCCCAACCUGCGGCAGGAACUGGAGGAGAAGGACGCCGCCCGCAAGGCCGCCUCACCCACCAAGGUCACCAAGGACAACAAAGAGGACAACCCUUGGCUGUAUCUCACCUCCUAUUCACGCGUGCCGUUGGGGGCGAUCCAGGAGUUUUGCGAGGCGGCGCUCAAGAAUUGCCCCCCGGGGCCCAUCGGACCCACCGGCCUGCCGGGCAUCAACGGCGAGAAGGGCGACAAAGGAGAUAGAGGCGACAGAGGAUUUCCUGGAGAGCCGGGUGUAAGAGGACCACCAGGAUCUAGAGGAGAGCAUGGCCUGAAGGGGCACAAGGGUGAAUCAGGGUGGCCAGGCACCCCGGGUCUGGACGGCCGCGACGGUAUUCCGGGUGAGCCCGGCUUGGAUGGCAUUCCAGGGAGGAACGGCAUGGACGGCAUUCCCGGAAUAGACGGAAUCCCAGGUUUCAAUGGAGAGCCUGGUAUGCCUGGAAUGAACGGAACAAACGGCAAGCCGGGAUUAAUGGGACCCGUUGGACCUCCUGGACCCAGAGGACCACAAGGAAUCGCCGGACCGCGCGGCAGACCAGGCAAAGGUGGUCAAGAUGGAACUCCGGGAUUACCAGGAAUUAGUGCUUGGAUGGUGAACGGGGCCAAAGCUAAUGAGCUGCUCAUUCCACCCUCCAUCGCAGGUGCUGGGGCGAAUUUGGUCAGCGGGAAGGCAAUUGUGGUUCACGAAGGUGUCAACGUCCGCCUCCGGUGCGCCGCCUCCGGUCAGCCGAAACCAGACGUCGAGUGGUACCGCCUCACAAACUCGACGAUUCCACUCGGGUCUUGGCAAGCUGUGUCGGCCACUGGGCACACGUUCAACAUCCCCAAGAUAAACCGCGAGCACAUGGGCGUCUACCGCUGCAUAGCAAACAAUGGGGUGCCGCCACAAGCCAACCAGACGUUUGCUGUUGAGGUCCACUUCCCGCCGUUGAUUCGCAUCCACCGUCAAACGGUUUCCGCGUACGGAAAUUCGACGGCGCGUCUGGAAUGCGAGGUGGAGGCGUUCCCGGAGGCGCUCAGGUACUGGGAGCGGGCCGACGGGCGUCUGCUGGAGAACGGCGACAAGUACCGCAUCACGGUCGUCGAGAGUGGCAAAUACAAGGCCCGCAUGCAGCUCAACAUCACCAGAAUCAAUUCGCACGACUACGGUCGCUACCACUGCAUCAGCAAGAACGAGCUCGGCCAAACCACAGGCGUGUUCACCGUGUUCGAGGUCGACCCGAGACUCGCGACGCCUCCGCCCAUCGGCAACCAAGGCAUGACGGUCAUCGGACAACUUCCGCCUGAACACAAGUCCAUGGACGAUUUGUGUCCGGCGCCGGUGUGUCCCGAGUGCGCCCCCGAGACACCAACAAAGGGCAAAUGCACGGACGGUGGAUUGUCCCUGUUUGACCUCAUCGGCCGAAUGGAGAUCAGACAGUUUGGAAACGAGACCUACCCUGGAUUACCGAACAGAACUUUUGAUUGCAUAUUGUACGCUGUUGGCAAACCAGUCUUCCAUCGAUUCACUGAUAAAUCAUACGGCGCGUGGAUGCGCGAUUCGCAUCCGAAAAAUGAUAUAAUGGCCGAUAAAUACUGGGUGACCAAAGAGGAGGACACCAACCACCUGUACGAGUUUGCAAACAAGGCUCAGUACCGGAAAAACGUCCCAUCUAGAAACUACACCAUUAGUCCACCAUUCAUGGGCAACUCACAUGUCGUUUACAACGGCUCGUUCUACUACAACCAAAAGAACAAACCGUACAUCGUCCGCUACGACAUAGCGACCGAGAGCGCGCGCUCCGUCGAGCUGCCUGAGGCUUCUUCCACCGACAACAAUAAGCUCUUUGACAAGGGCUACAACUACGUGGACAUUUCGGUGGACGAGAACGGCCUCUGGGUGGUUUACGGCCUGCCCGAGAAUAACAACACGGUGGUCGUGAAGAUGGACGCGUUCACUCUGAAGAGGGAAUACUCUUGGAACAUCAGCGUCGACCACCACAAGGUUGGAGAGAUGUUCAUUGUGUGCGGCGUCCUUUACGCAGUGGACAGCGUCACGGAGAGGGACACCAAAAUUAGAUUCGCUCUUGAUCUGUACAAGAAUAUGCUGCUCGACGUGUCGCUACCUUUCACAAAUCCAUUCAGAAAGACGACCAUGAUCAGCUACAACGCCAAGAGCAAGGAGCUGUUUACGUGGGACAAAGGCAACCAACUGACGUAUCCAGUGCGCUACCACGAAUCAGGCUACAACUCGACCAAAGAAGACAAAAACGACCCAAGCUACGCAGCAACGCACAUUCAAACUGGCUACGACAUCGAGGCAACCUCUGAGGCACCAUACGCGGACAACCCUUACGACAUUUAAAUCAGCUUGAGUCCCAUCUCUAAUUGAUGGCGCGAGAUCGAGGAGGAAAUCGACUGCAAUAUGUAUGAGAAGUUUUCAAAGUGCCUACAAAGAAGUUUGUAACGAUUUAGGGAGACAUGAAUGCGAAUGUGUAGAAGCACAAAAGGGCAUCAGUUCACGUUGGAUGGAAUAAUUUGUAAGUGUUCGGCCUGAGUUGCAAACGUCCUAGAUUGUAAAAUACGCGAUAAGUAACUACUAUUGUGUGAUAUGUGUUGCUAAAAGUCAAAAUAAAUGUUGUAAUAUUAAAGUGA